AUGCGCCGCGCCUCCCUCCAGCCGGUACCGGCCCUCCCCGCGAGCCAGUCCCGACCCGCGCGCAGCUUUGCCCACUACUCACGACGGCGCUUCCGUGCUCCGCUGUUUUUCCGCGACCUCACUGCCUUGGCACGUGCAGAGCGCCCGAGCUGCCGGCACCUGCUGCCCCGCCGGGACACGCGCCGCCCCGCCGUGCCCCAGAGUCGCCGUCCUGUCGGCGUCGCAGCUCCGCCGGUCCGCGCACCUCCUUGCGCCGAGGUUCAUAUGGCCUGUGUAAUGCAAGGACGUAGAGUUGGAGUGGCAUACUAUGAUUCAGAUACACGCCAACUUUUUGUGUUAGAAAUCUGGGAAGACAGCGCUGGGGAAUAUCCUCUGAUUGAUCUUGUGAAAUUUCAGUCAAAACCAAGCACAAUAUAUGCAAGCACAAAAACGGAAGAAGCACUUUUGUCGGCUUUACAACGAAAUGAUGGUAACGAUGAGGCUCCUGUUGUGAAGCUCAUGAAAAGCUCAACAUUCAGCUAUGAGCAAGCCUGGCACAGAUUGAUCUACUUGAAAGUUGCAGCUAUGGAUGAUGGACUCAGUGCAAAAGAAAGGAUAUGCUUUCUUAAUUCCAUGAUGGAUCUUGGAAGCGAUGUUCAAGUUCGUGCUGCUGGAGGUCUCCUAGCCAUAUUAGACAAUGAGAGACUUCUUGACACCAUUGAGCAGAUGGAAGGUGGAGCAUCCAUUGCAAUCGAUUCUGUGUCAGCUGGGCUUAUGGUCCCGGACGGCGGUAUGUUAGAUCAGAUCCGACCUGACAUACUGCUGCCCUGGCUGGCCGGCCCAGACAAGUUCCUUAAACUCGAUGCAACUGCUCAUGAAGCACUACAGAUUUUUCAAGUAGAUAAACACCCUAGUUACAUGGGAAUUGGAAGGGCUAAAGAAGGGUUCUCAGUUUUUGGCAUGCUCAACAAGUGCGUCACGCCAAUGGGAAGACGCCUCUUGAGGGCAUGGUUCCUACGUCCUAUAAUUGAUAUUGAUGUCAUAAAUAAUCGCCUCAACACAAUAACAUUCUUUCUUUGCUGUGAAGAAGUAAUGUCUGCAUUGCGUGAGACUUUAAAGUCUGUCAGAGAUGUUCCCCACAUGCUCCAGAAAUUCAACUCUCCAAGUUCCUUCUGUACAAGCAGUGAUUGGAACACAUUUCUUAAGUGCAUUUGCUCUCUGCUACAUAUAAACAAGAUUUUUGAAGUAGGAAUAUCAGAGCAUCUGGCGAUUAAGUUGCAACAUAUGAACAUUGAUUUGAUUGGAAAGGCAAAUUCUUCCAUUACAGCAGAGUUGGAUUACGUGUCAGACCUGGUAGUUGGUGUGAUUGAUGUUCAACGGGGUAAGGAGAAAGGCUAUGAAACCGUGGUGAAAGAAGGGUUAUGUGAUGAGCUGGAUGAGCUGAGGAUGGUGUAUGAAGGUUUACCUGACUUUCUGGAGCAGGUGUCAGAUAAUGAAAAUGCUUCUUUACCUUUCUCACUUGGAUGCAGAAUACCUCCACUAAUAGUCUAUGUACAUCAAAUAGGGUACCUAAUGUGCUUUUUCGAUGAGAAGAUUAGUGAUGCCUUGUUGGCAGGACUUCCAGAUUACGAAUUUGCGUUUUCAGAGGAAGGUGAGGAGAGAAAGUUCUACUAUCAUACCCAAAAGACUAGAGAACUGGACAACCUUCUUGGAGAUAUUUAUCAUAAAAUUCUUGACAUGGAGAGAGCUAUCAUAAGGGAUGUAGUGUGUCGUGUCCUUCAAUUUCUACCUCAACUGACAAAUGCAGUGAACUUUGCAGCAGAACUUGAUUGUAUUUUAUCAUUAGCAAUUGUUGCCCGCCAAAACAAUUAUGUGAGGCCCAUCUUAACUGAAGAUUCAAUACUCGAGAUACAUAAUGGCAGACAUGUUUUGCAGGAAAUGACUGUUGAUACCUUUGUUCCAAAUGAUACCAAAAUUCGUGAUGCAGGAAGAAUAAACAUAAUAACUGGGCCCAACUACUCAGGGAAAAGCAUUUACAUUAAGCAGGUGGCCUUGAUAGUUUUUCUUGCUCAUAUUGGAAGCUUUGUUCCUGCUGAUUCUGCUAUUGUUGGAUUGACAGAUAGGAUAUUCUGUGCAAUGGGAAGCAAAUCCAUGACAACCGAACAGUCAACUUUUAUGAUUGACUUACAUCAAGUUGGAACAAUGCUCAGGCAUGCAACAUCCAGGUCACUGUGUUUGUUGGAUGAAUUCGGUAAGGGCACUCUAACGGAAGAUGGCAUUGGUCUGCUUGGAGGUACUAUCAAUCAUUUUGCAAACUAUGAUUCCCCCCCGAAGGUCCUUUUGUCAACACAUCUGACAGAGAUCUUCACCGAGAACUACCUACCACAGUGUGAACAUAUCAAAUGUUAUACCAUGAGUGUUCUGAAUCCUGAUGGACAGACGAGCAAUGAAGAUAUCAUAUUCCUUUAUCGGCUUGUACCUGGGCAAGCUCUCUUAAGCUUUGGUCUGCAUUGUGCACGGCUUGCUGGUGUUCCAAAUGAAGUUGUCCAGAGAGCUGACAGUGUUUUGGAGGACAUACAUUCCAAGAAACCUAUGAGGCGCGUGACCAGUGAGAAAUUAACAGCAACAGACAAGCAGUACCAGGAUGCAGUGACUAAACUGAUGGCCUUCGAUACACAGAAAGAUGACCUGAACAGCUUCUUCCAGGAACUACUUCCCUCCGAAUUGUAG